AGCAGCAGGGGAUUAUGGGAUGUUAAAACACAACAACCCUCAGCUGCAGCUUCACUCACUCACUUCACCAGAAUCACAGUGUCUUCUCUGAGAGGAACUCACUAACACCAAAUAUCCACUUUAUAUAUGUUUAUAUACACACAACGCUGAAGAAGUGACGUCAUCAAAGAAACAAUGGUUGGUCAUCAGCGGUUUCCCUGGAUUAAUAAUCCAACACGAGCAACAGCAGCAGCUUCAGCCAAGCAGGAACACGACGACGUGUCGUCACGUUUCCUCCGUAGCAGAAAAACACGCACCUGUCGGCGUCCGUGUCCGAUGGUCGGACUCUCCGCGCUCUGUUUACUGCUAUUCGUGAUCUGCGCCGCACUCACUGUCCUGUAUGCUAACAGGUCAAACAGGAAACCGGACAUGCAGAGACUCUUCCGCUACCAGAACAUGAGCGACAGAUUCCUCGCUCUCACCAAAGUAAACGUUGACCUGAAGACGGACAACGAGGUCUUGAAGGCGCAAAGUGUCCAAAUCAACGAGCAGAACAGACUCCUCAACAGGACGUCCGCUGACCUCGAGUCCAUGAAUCUCGCUCUCACUUUGGAGAGCAGAGAGCUGGCGGAGCAAGUCGUCAAUCUUACCUCUACGAACGCACAGUUCGAGGAAGAACGCGAGCAACUGGUGGUGUACUCGUAUGAGCGGGAGGAGAAGAUGGCGAACAUGUCGCAGACCGUCGAUCAGCUGCUGAGCUCCAACGCUUGGCUGCAGGAGGAGAACCAACGAGUGUCCGAGACAAGUGACUUACUGAGAGACGAGCUGCUCCGAGUGAGGGAGAAGAAUCAGGAGCUGGAGGAGAUCAGCGAAGGGUUUCAGAGAGAAAUUCAAAAUCUGACCGAGAAGAUUAGAGCCUUUUCGAGGGACUGCGACGAGAAGUUGACUCAGCUUCAAGAACAAAAGCAGAACCUGAGCAUGAUGCAGAUGAAAGACCAACAGGAGGCAGCAGAGAGAACCAGAAGCAAGAUGAAGGAAGUGGACAAGAUGGUGGCGGACAUACUUUCAGCGAAGGAGGCGUACCGCGCUUUAGACCUUUACUGUCCUGUGGUUAACCAGAAAACGAAAGAGCGUUUCUGUAAAAAAUGCCACAACAGCUGGAAACAGUUUGAGACAAAGUGCUACUACUUCUCCUCUCGCACACUGGACUGGAGCUCUAGCAGGGCCUGGUGUCGGACACAAGGGGGCGACCUGGUCAUCAUUAACAGUGAACAAGAGCAGAGGUUCAUGUUCGACAGCGGUCGCACUCUGGAGCCGUCCGGUGCUCGGCUGUGGGUCGGUAUGAGCGACGAACAUCAUGAGGGACAGUGGCACUGGGUGGAUGGAAGCAAAGUCACCUCAGAUGUGCAGUUUUGGCUGAGCAGAACCGGAGUCGGUGCUGAGCCCGAUGACUGGAACCUGGACGACCCUCGAGGUGAAGACUGCGGACACAUAGACGUCAGUGAAGACACACUCAAGUCCUGGAUGGACGGAUCCUGCCAGAGAACUUACAGAUGGAUCUGCGAAAAGAACAUUUAGCUUUUCUCAUAUUUUGUCAGUUUCUACAACGACAUAAUGCCAACAGUGUACAUUGAACAUUUUAAAUUUUUAUUUAGUAAAGUUUGUACAUUAUACAUUUUUCAUUCUUCAAUAAAUCAACAGAAAAUCGG